UCUGUGAGUUUCAACAGAAAACUAUUUCAACCAGCAGUUGGCAAAUCAACAUGACCGUAACAAAGUUGACUGGGUGUGUUCUGGCGGUUUUUGUAGCAUUUUAUGCGCAUGCUCAAAUCUCUACGGAUCAAAAUGUCGCCGUUGCACCAACAGGACAGGACGCUACAGGUGUGACUCCGUGUUGCACUGACGGAGAAAUGACGCUUCACUUGGAUGAGGACGAGCCAAAGUUUCUUCCGUCCAUCAAAGGCGUGGAGGUCAUACACUUUGGAAAGGCGCCACUAAGGUCAUUGUCUAAGUGCAAUCGCGGGGUAAUUGUCAAAGCGACGUUUGAAAAAAGCACGUGCAGUGGAUGUCACAGCCCCCCGGAGUGUGGUCGGAAGAUGUUACAGGUGGACUUUGAUCUUGAUCAGACAAGAGGCGAAUAUAUAUUUAAUGUCGGUGACAGUGUGUCGAACAAUGGAUGGGCUGGUGAUUCCAGUCAUCAACAAAAUGACGCUGAGGUGCAGGCAUGGAACAACUACAUACGGCUGUUCAAGAGUGACAAAUGUCUCGGUAGUCAGAACUACGUUCACGCCUUCUCAGGUCAGCUGAUCGAUUCCGUUAGUCACGUGACGUUGCUAGUGAGUAACGAACUCAUCCGAAUCAUCACAGACCAAGGCAUGGACGAACAAGUGUGCCACGAAUGUCUGUUUGCCCUAAACGGCCAACCAGACACCCAGUCGGGAGGGGUGAAUGAAGAUGUGUAUGUGUCUUUAAAUAGAGUCGUCCAGUGGUAUUCGUGGCGAGUUGGAUACGGUGUAUGCAGCGCCACCUUUCGCUGGGUCUGUCCGGAAACGUUCCCCUUUUAAGAAAUGAUUGAAAUCAUCUUGACAUGUACAAUGUUUAGCUUCUAUGUUUUGCGGAUUCUUUUGAAAUUCUAGCUUUACUUGGCAAAUAUAAAUUUGUUUUGCUCUUUUCUAGAAUCGGUUAUGGCUAACUAAAACCAAAAGUGAUUUUGUUUAAACACCCGAGAAUAUGUUUCGAUCACAAAACCACGGAAAUUUGACUAUAUAAUUAUAAACACUAUGCAGUAGUUUGUAGAAUUUUGAUUUAUUUCAAAUAUAUAUUCACUAAAUUUGAAUGUAAUGGGGACGUUGCUAUAAAUUUAACUCGCUGGAAUAUUGAAGGUUUUUAAUAUCGAAUAAUAGAAGGUUACAGUCUAGCAAUAUGUUGGCCAGUCGAAUAUGUGUAUUUCUAUGAUUUUAUGCGAAACAAUACUGUAUUAUUUGAAGCGUAUAUAACCCGGAAAUGUACAUAGGUAAAGCAUAUAUUAAGUAAAUUUAAGUAUAUUUUUUUACAUUGAUGAAAUAUAGACGCAACUUAGAUA